GUUGACGCGUAUGCACCCGCGUUUUUCGGCGUGAGGAAUCCUGGACGAAGACGAGGUUGAGGAGACUCGUUUUGAAUUUUAGACUGGUGUGUAUAUCUGAUAGAUUGAAAAUAAAUGGAGGAGGAAGAGAGAGAUGUGGAGAAUGCUGUCAAGUCUGAAGAGAGAGAUGACGCAGAUUCACAACCUAAAAAGACUGGGGCAGGACUGGAACCUCAUAAAAACUCAGAAACAGAGGCUAAAGAACAUCUAUAUGUACAAAAUCUUCCAUCAGCCUUUCCAGCCCCAGAAACAGCAGCAGCCAAUCAGAAGUCCUCCACAGUCCCUGUUCAAACAGACAACUUAGUCAUACUUGACCAAGAUGGAGAGCCUAUUCAGUAUCAACGGAUGAUAUCCUUAAUUUUUAAGGUGAUCGUGACAGGGAAGUGUGGAGAGUUAUUUGCUGUCCCAUCUGUCCCUGUCCCAUCUGUCCCUCACAUGUUACUACCUCAUUGUCAGCUGCUGGAUGUAGCACAGUCAUCAGGUGCCUUUGUUGAGAAAACAAGACACCAGUCAGUCAUCACAUCCAUAAUAAACAAUGAUGGCACUAAUAGUUUAGCUGCAGUAGCAGCUCAGAGUGUCACUGCUGCUAAAAGUCAGAAGAAAGGAUUUCCUGAUGUAUUUGGGACCCCAGUGAAGCCACUGCCACCAGGGGCACCAAACUGGGCUCUGAGACUGUGCGAGUGUGAGCAGAAGAUCGGAGAGUCGUACCGUGGUUACUGUAACUCAGAGGCCGAGCUGGAGGCUGUUUUGCUUCUACACAAGCAGCAGACUUACACUGUGUUCGGCACCCGUCAGUCACCAUCACCUGCAAAACCUGCCACCCGACUCAUGUGGAAAUCACUAUAUGUGCCCUACGAUGGCAUUCCUUUUGUUAAUGCAGGGAGCAGAGCCAUUGUGAUGGAAUGCCAGUUUGGUCCACGGAGGAAGGGUAUCCAACCUAAAAAAGGGUCUGAGCAAGAAACGAAUCAAAGUUUCCAAUACAAAGCAACCUGCCCUGCCAGGAUAUAUAUUAAGAAAGUACGAAAAUUCCCAGAGUACAAGGUUCCAACAGAUCCCAAAAUAGACAAGAAGGUAGUGCGCCAAGAGCAGGAGAAAGCCUUUAUCAGCCUCAAGAAGAGUUCUUGGGAUGUCGGAGGGGUUGAAAGGUAUUACAUACAACUCCCUACAGAGAAUGCCCAUCUUUACCAUGAUCUGGACACUGCAAAGCUACCUCCACUUCCAGAGCAGAUCUGCUUUACAGAGGACCAACGGAAUGAGGAAGAAGAGUCAGAGGAGGUGGAAGAUAAUCAAAACGAGGAUGGCACAUCUGCCCCCUCUCGACUGCACCCACUUGUGGCAGAUAAGAUCUGGGAGUUGGUGGCACAAGGCUUUAACCAGGUUUACACUGUCCGCAAGCAGCUCAGCAGGAGGUUUGUGGAACAUGAGAUUUUCAAGUCAGAUGAGGUGCUUGAGAGACAUAAUCUGUGUUACUUUCCCACUGUCAAUGACAUCAAGAACCACAUCCAUGAGGCUCAGAAAGCUCUUCAGCUGACAGGGGCACCACUGGCUACCUCAGAUGCAGAGUGGAAAGCAGAUGCUGAUGACCUGUUAUCAGAGACUGUAACCUAUACCUUGACUCCUGCUACUAAGGAUGUAUCCUUUCAGAAGGAAGGACUCUUGGAUGGGAGUGACACUCUUUCUCCGAAGGCUGUGCAGCUCUUCAGCUCUCUGACAUCACUGCAGCCCAGGAUCUUUGCACAUUUCCAGGGUAUCCAGCUACAUUCAGUGGAAGGCAAUCCUCAGCAGACUACAGCAACAUCAGAACCCACAGAUCCAUCUAGUCUCCCAUAGGCUGUCCUGCUGAGUCCGUCUAAAGAUGUCUCAGCAGAGUUAUGCCAAGGCCAGAAAUACAGCUUACAACAAUAAGGAAGGAAAUAAACAGCGACUCUGCACUUCUGUUUUGGAGUAAGAGAACUGUCUGUGACACAUGGUUUACUUUUAUAAUCACUGGAGGACAGAUUCACUGUAUAAAUUACAGUAUUGUGUGAACAUGGCCUCAUAUGCAAAGUUUUUUUGUACAUUUUUGUUUUUCAAGCUUUCAUCUCAUGAAGACUGGAGAAAAAUUGCUCAUUAAAGUUAAAGUGAAUGAAUAAGGUCAAAAAUUGAUAUUUAAAGGUAAUAGUCCUGUAUUUCAAGAGUCAUUAUCAGUCAGUUGUCACACAGACAGCGUGUUUAUCCCAACUGUCUACUCUUUGAAUAGAGGCUUUUAAGCAUUUUACAUUCUAAUAAGCCUAACGAUGUGAUAUCAUAUUCUCAAUUGUUGUGGAUAUACUGUAUAUGGCGAUGUACAUACAAGUGAAAAUAUGAAAUUAAUUAUACUGUGUUUCAAAGGUUUGGACACUUCGAUCACAAUGAGGGUGAAUAUUCACAAGCAAUAGACCAGCACUGGCUUAGCAAGGUCCCUGUUUCUGACUGUAUUACACAUGUAAUUAUUUAGAUUUAUUUCGCUAGAUAAAGUAUAACCCUCUGUGAUAUUAUAAGUUAAUAUAAUAUGAUAAUUGAUGCUACUUCAGCUUCACAGCAAAUGCUGGAGUGAACGAUAAUAUAAUUCUUAACGCAGUGACUCUUACUUUAACCACACAAUUUGUCUAAUAGUGGUCAAUGUUAGUUUAUUGUAUUGUAUUUAUGCAGUAUAAUAUCAUUUUCACUUUCAGUAAAAUUUGCGUUAAUAAAAAUCGUGCGUUAAUAAAAAGAGAUUUGUCGUGCAGAAGAGAGCACUGAUGAUGGACGAAUGCUUUUUAGAAGUGAACCUUUCUCCUUUUUUCUUUUAUUUGCAAAAAGUAAAAAUGAGUAAAUAUAGAUUCAGUUGUGUGUUAACACUUUACAAUAAGCUUCCGUUCGUUAAUAUGCAUUAACGUAUUAGGGAUCAUGAUCAAACAACAAUAUAUAGAUUUUUUUUUUUACAGUAUUUAUUAACCUUUGUCAAUAUUAGUUAAUAAAAAUACAAUUGUUCUUUGUUAGUUCAUAAUGCAUUAACUAAUGUUAACUUUUGAUUUUUAAUCAUUGAAAUUAAUAAAAUAAUAAACAUUUUAUAGCAUUAAUAAAUGCUGUAAAAGUAUUGUUCAUUGUUAAUUCAUGUUAACUAAUGUUAACAAAUAACCUUAUUGUAAAGCAUUACCAAUUGUGUUAUUGUAUCAUUUUAUUCAUGAAUAUUGUUGUGUGAUA